AUAAAUCACAUUCACGAUGAUACCAUAUACUGAAGCUUGUGGACAAUAUACACGUGUACCACCUAUUACCAAUACACCAAACUUGUACCACAUGUCACAAAAUCUCUCGAGUUCAUCGAGUUCAACUUAUCCGACUCCUCAAAAUACUCUCCCUUCUCGAAGAGGUCGACGAUCAAAUGUGCCACCUGAAAUCAGAGAACAAACACGUCGGUUGAAGAAACAAAAUAUGGAACGUCGACGACGCGCAUGUAUCUCGGAUAAAAUGAAUGCAUUGCAUAAUUUAGCAAUGAAUCUAAUAGGAAUAGAUCCUAAUGAAUGUCAUAAAGUUGAAAAAGCCGAUAUAUUAAAUCUAUGUCAAAGUGUAUUUGAAGGAAUUACCAAUAUUGUAAAAGAUGAACCUGAAUUGAAAGCACGUUUAAGAAAACUACGUCACAAUUUGAAUAAAAUUCCAACCACUGCCCAAAUAUCUUCAACGUCAACAUCAUUAUCUUCGUCGUCAUCAUCAUUAGUUGCAUCAAAAACUGACUCCACAUCAAAUGUUGACGAAAAUGUACAAAAUAUGAAUGAAAAUGAUAGUUCAUUGAGAAAAUCUACACCACACACACAUCACCAUCGUUCCCAUCGAGCCAAUCACCAUCAUUCAUACUCUACUACCAACAUUACUUCCAAUACUCAACUGUCCAGUACACCAACUAUCUCAUCGUCAAAAUCAUCUCCAUUGUCAAGCCGUUAUAAUUGUGAUCAGAUAAUUGAUGAAGACAAUAAAGAGAACAGAAUCCCGAGUUUAAUCAUCAGAAAUACUUCAUUGAAUGGAAAUUACAACACACCUCAUGUUCACAGUACCUAUGUCGAUGGGACUACUAGUAAUUUGACUCCAAUCUCCACCAUGCCUGUAUCCUCAUCAUCAUUCUCAUCUUGUUCUGUCAUGUCGACUCCAAUGAGUAGUCGACAUUUACGAGUUAGUGAACGUAUGAUGCAAUGGCAACAUUCAACUCCUUUACAUUGUAAUGAGAAAGACAAUUUAUUACUGGAUAAUAGUGAUAGUGGAUUUUGCAGUAGUAAUCAAUCAUUGGGUUUGACAGGAACUGUGGAUAAUUUGUGUAGUGUUAGUGGAAUGAGUCGAAGUAUGGAUUCUCGUCAAUAUGGUGAUUUAUGUCGUGAUAGAGUAUCGAAGAUGGAUGAAGUGUCGCGUGACGUGUUCAGUAGUAGCGGCAUGAGAAAUCUGUCUUCGUUACCACGUUUCUCAUUAUCAUCUGAUAAUGAGUUGUCAGCAUUCAGUGUACCGCCUGUAAGGAAAUCGAAUUUAUGUGAUGUGAAUCAAUCUGUUGGUUCAUCUACUGUUAGUGCUCGAGUUGCUGAACAAGAUAAGAAAUCUAUGAUUGUAGAUUCAACCAGUUGUACACGAGAAGUGACCUGUUCGUCUACUGAAGCCUCGUCUGUUCGAGAUCCAAUAGUGUGGAGACCAUACUUAGAUUAGAACUUAUAUUUUGUAAAUAUUUUCAACAGAUUACAUUUUAAAAUUAUUUUACAUUUGAUUUCUACUACUUUCUUUUUUUUAAUUAAACAGAAUUUAUUAGUUUUUUCAAAUCAUGUACAGACUUUUUUGGUAUUUGACUUGAUUCUUUCUCCAAUAAAAA